UAGUCGACAGAGGCCUUAAGAUUUAGCAACUUUCUGCCACGAAAGUUUAUAAAGCAUUGUAAUGUUGUGCGUUUGACGGGUUACAGUAUUUAUAACAAAUUCCAAGCUACCUCAUGUUAUCAUAAUUUUUCUGUAAUUACCGAUGGACUUAAAGAUCUUUAUUCUAUUUGUCUUUUUUAAAACCAAAGACUGCCUUUUAUGUAAUUCAUGAAUAAAAAUAAAGCAUUGAAUGGAACGAUGCUCAGCUGGUUUGAACAUCUAGGAUUGCUAAAAAUUUCCCCGUCAGAAAUAUAUAUUGGAUUAUUGGUUGCUACAACAGAUAUAAUCAAUGGUGUGUUCAAAAAAUAUAUCAACAGCUAAUUUUAUAUAAAUAUAAAUUUUAUAACUGUUGAUUUUUGGCCCUUAUUUUUUGUUCAAUAUGCUAAUAAUAUGUUGGAUUUUCAAAAAAUGAUUGGCAAAUGGUGUAGUUAUUAUGAUUUGCUGUAGUAAUAACGAUUAUUCGUUUAUUUUGUUAGUUGUAUUUUUUGCUGACGUAUAAGAAAAACAGCGUUGGAUUCACUAUCAUAUUCACUAGAUAAACGAAUAUGAUAUCUUAAAGUAUCACAUAAAUACAUCGAGUUUUUUAAUAAUUUCGAAAUACUCAAAGGAUAAUGACUUGUCAGGAAAGAGGUUAGGAGACUAGUUUAAGACACGCCCUACGAAAUUUUUUCAUAAAUACAUUAUAAAGUACCUAUAUCAAAAACGUCAAAUUACGUUCAAAUUUUACAGAUUUAGUCAAGUAAGAAAAAAAGAAUUUAUUUUGUUGUGCACAGUUUAAGAUAGAAUAUAAGAAUUCAUCGAAAAAAUAUCAGUGUGAGUGAAUUCGUUUUGUGACAUUUUGAAAUUCAUAUGAGUGGCUCUUUUCAUCCAUAAUUGCGAAUGUUUUAUUUUUUUGUAAUCUCCAAAAAAUACAAAAAUGUUUAAUUUUAUGAAAAAGGCAUCUGAAAAAGAUGAAAAAGAAAAACGUAAAAAAGAAAAAAAAGUAAGGAAGGAUAUCAAAAAAAGGGAUGGAGGAAGUAUGUCUACCGAAGAAUUGCUCAGACUUGAUGAGGUACGUCGUUCAUUAAAAAUUCGUGGUCGUCGCAAAGAGAAAGAAAAAUUGCCAAGUGGAAUUACAGCCGAUUAUAGUGCAUCAUUUUUCGCUCAGCUUGAUCGUGACAUUCUUAACAGUUCAAACUCUAAUGAAGCUAGUACAAGUUGGACACACAAUUUCGAUGCUUUCACACAGAGUGAUUCAUCUGAAGCGUCAUCAACAUCGUUAACAAAUCAUUUUGAUAAUUUAAUAUCACCUACUCCGCCAAAACCACCAAAACGUGGUAUCUUAAAAGGACCAAGACUCAAUUCUUCGAACGUAGCAACCGUCAGCGAAAAUCUAUCUACCGUCAAAAAUGGGAAUGAUAGGGAAAACAAUCAUCCAAGUACGCUACUGGUUAGAAACACACUGCAAAAUGAAGUUAUAGAUUAUCAGAGUACACAAAAUCUAAGUAAAGAUGAAUUUUGUAGCGAGGAAGAAAAUGCAUCAUCUUACUUAAUAGAACGAAGCGUACAUAAGCAACAUCAUGAUCGACAUCUACAUGACUUGAUAGCAAAAAGUGCCAGCCCAUCAGUAGAUUCAUUAACAGAUUCAACGAACUCAAGUUUCGCAACACCACCAUUUAGUUUGUCACCUGUUGGUGAAUCACAAGGUUUCUGUCGGUGGAGAUCCUCAGCAUCCUUUGGAGACCAAUCCGUUGGGUUGAUAUUACCAAAAAUCAUCCCGUUGACACUACCAGCACCCAGAACAUUAACAAUCCAUCGACAACCACCACCGAGAAAUGAUUUUGGUUUUUCAUUACGAAGGGCUGUUACUGUCGAACACAGUGAUGAUGGCAUAUCACGAACGAAACCGGUUAUAUUCGCUGAGCCCGGAGCAAUUGUUCAAAAUAAUAAUGACACAGGUCUCUUGCCUGGUGAUCGACUGAUUGAAGUUAACGGGAUCAAUGUUAAUGACAAAACGAGAGAAGAAAUCAUUGAUCUUAUUAAAGGAUCUGCAAACAGUGUAAUAGUCAUGGUGCAACCAGUUGCUGAACUUUCAGAAUUAUCACGACGUGGCGGUGCAGAUGGUGACCAAAUUGAACUCACCGAUGCAAACAUCCGUUGGGGGACUUUAAGACGUUCUGGGAGUAUGAGAUUUAAUCACCAUACGGCACGAACUGAAGAACAUAUAGCCCAGGAACAAGCUUGGCUUGCUUCAGAACGAAUUUGGUUUCUACACAGAGGUGGUUUUACAUCAGCAACAAAGUGUAAAGAUGCUCAUUCGGAUUCUGCUAAAUGUUGUAUCCGCCUUAUACCAAGUGGCGAAAAAAUGUUUGUUGACGAAGAGGAUGUUGAAAAAGCUAACCCUCCACAGUUUGAUAAGACUGAGCAGUUAUCACAGAUCCGCUAUCUCAAUGAGUCAUCAAUACUGCAUACACUUAGACAGCGUUAUGCCAGCAAUCUUAUUCAUACCUAUGCUGGGGAUAGCAUGAUUGUUAUGAAUCCAAUUGCACCCUUGUCAAUUUACUCUGAAAAAGUAGUACAUAUGUUUAGAGGCUGCAAAAAUGAGGAUAUGCCCCCACACAUUUAUGCAAUGGCACAGUCUGCUUACAGGGAAAUGCUAGCAACAAGACGUGAUCAUUCGCUGGUUUUCAUUGGGCGAAGUGGGUCUGGCAAAACAACAAAUUUUAAACAUGCCUUGCACUAUCUUGUUUUAACCGCUGGCGCAGUCAACAAAAUAAUAACAAUCGAAAAAUUAAAUGCCAUUUUCACGGUCUUAGAAUCAUUUGGGAAUAGCCGUACGCAUAUGAAUUCAAAUGCUACAAGAUUCACUCAAAUAUUUAGCCUUGAUUUUGAUCAAUCAGGACAAAUAGCAUCAGUAUCACUGCAAAUUUUUCUGCUUGAAAAGUCGAGAAUUGGUAGACGUACAAAUGGUGAUCCAACAUUUCAUGCACUAUACCGAUUGCUUGCUGGUGCUGAGGGUACCCUCAGAAAAGAGCUGAGUCUGACAAAUCUCGUUAAUGAAAAUAAUCCCUUCAUAACACCGCUACAAAAACAUGAAGACAAACAGCGAGCAAUGGUUGAGUUAAAUCGACUAAUUGCCGCAUUGAGAAUUCUUGAUAUAUCUGAAAAAGAAGAAAAAGUGAUUUGGCUAACAUUAGCUAGUAUUUACCAUUUAAGUUGUGCGGGUGCAAUGAGAGCUGGCAUGAGUUCACAAUGUCGAUGGCAAUUCGCUCGAAUGGAAUGUGCCGAAAAAGCAGCCAACUUGCUGGGAACAACUGUCGAGAAAUUAAGCACAAUUUUUUUUGUAUCUAACAUUGAGAAUUGCGCGCCGAAUGGUGGGAGGAUAGGAUUACGUACACAGAGUCCAACAGAAGAUGCAAACGAUGAAUCUGGACUGGAUGCACUUGAAGGUUUACUUAUUGGAUUGUAUUCUGAAGUUUUUCAUUGCAUUGCUGUACUAAUCAACAAAUCAAUAUCAUCACCAGUUCAUACUAUAUCAUCUUUGUUGCUUUGUGAUGCGCCCGGCUUCCAAAACUCCGCAUCAUGCGGACAACAAACUGGUGCUAGUUUCGAGGACCUAUGUCACAAUUACCUUCAAGAACGCUUACAACUAUUAUUUCACAAUACGACACUUGUCACGCCUAAGGAGCGUUGUACACAAGAGGGUAUUGAUGUUAAUUAUGGAGAUGUUUAUGACAAAGAUUGUAUUAGCUCACCGCAGGCGCUUGUGUCACUUCUCGAUCGUGGACAACAAGGAGCUGUGACGCUACGCUCAAGUCAAUCAGAUUUACGACAAAUUGAGAAAAAAGGAUUACUGUGGCUACUUGAUGAAGCAAUUGCUUGUCCCGGUGGAAAUGAUGAAAGUUUUUUGGAUCGUUUGUUUUUUUAUUAUGGUGAUCGUGAUUAUCAAGUCUUACUUAGAAAGGCACCAGGAAAUAAUCAGUUUGUUCUACAGCACCUUCAGGGUACAAAUCCAGUUCUUUACACAGCCACAGGUUGGCUGAAAGCGAGUAGAGAGAAUCCAGUAACUCGUGGUGCUAUUAUAACGCUUCAAGAAAGCACUAGAGAAGAUGUCAGCAGACUGUUUGUUCAGGCACGUGGUGUUGGAGUAACAGAUACUUACAGUGGAUCCAUGCCAGGACUAGAACGAUCCCAAUCACUGCGGAGCGCAUCGAAAUUUAUCAAGAAGUAGUUUAGUUUAGGAAAAAAAAAAAAAUUCAAUCUUAAAAAAAAAUUUACUAUUGAUGGCCUCAUCGAGACCCUUAGAAGAACCAAAGUAAAAUUUAUUCACUGCCUUUUACCUCAACACAAUGCAGGCUGUAUGGAUAAUAAGAGUUCACUGACAGUGAAACCUUACCACGUUGAUGACAGUAUAAUCAACGUACCACUACUUCGCUCUCAGAUUCGUGGUUGUCAAAUAACAGAAGCAGUGCGCUUGUAUAAAGUUGGUUUUCCCAAGUACAUGCCACUUAGUGAAUUUAGAAGACAAUUUGGUUUACUUUCAAAUGAUGCGAAUGUCCGUCCAGGAAGUCCUAUCGAUGAACGGCGAACCAUUGAAAACAUGUUACUCUCGGUCGAUGUCGACUCAGCUUCUUAUCGUGUUGGUCAAAGCCAAAUAUUCUUCAGAGCUGGUGCUCUUGAGAGACUCGAGUCACAGCGUGAUGAGAAGCUGACUGGUCAUAUUAUUCUGUUGCAAGCACGAUGUCGUGGUUAUCUUGCACGAAAAAAGCUCAAUACUUUAAAGUUACAAGACCUGGCAGUUAGAUGCAUUCAAAGAAAUGUGAAAAAAUUGAUGUCUGUCAGGGAGUGGCCUUGGUGGCGGCUUUAUGUCAAAGUUGCACCUCUCUUAAAUGUUCAUCGUACUGAAGACCAACUAAAAGCUAGAACAGAAGAAUUAGAGAUGCUUCGUUUAAAAGUAGAAAAACUGGAACUAGAAAGAAAUCAUUUAAAACACGACAACGAUAAACUAGAAGCAAAGUUGAGCGUUAUGUGUGCAGACUAUGCAGAUGAACAUUCGACCUCAACCCUGGCAACUGAAAGAAUCGAUGCUGAGACUUCUGAACGUAUUCGACUUGAACGUGAACUCCAGGAUGUGACUGAAGCUAAUAAAAAUCUUCAGCAAAACACCGAAAGACUUGAAAUGGAAGUUUUAUAUGCAAGAGCUGCAAAUUUGAACAGUAUUGCAUCAGAUGGUGAGGAUGGUGAAGGUGCUGGUGUUUAUGAACAAAGAUAUGGACAUGCUAUACGUGAACUUGAAUUUACUAAAAGAAAAUUAGUUCAACAGCAUGAAGAUGACCUGGAGCAACUGGUUGGACUGAAGAAACAAUUAGAAAAAAAGUUGGCUGAUGCCUAUGAAGAAGUUGAAGAACAAAGACAAGUUAAUGAUCAGUGGAAACGCCGUGUUCAAAAACUCAACGGUGAGAUGCACGAUUUACGGCUAUUACUUGAGGAACAAACAGCGAGAAAUAAUCUACUGGAAAAAAAACAACGAAAGUUUGAUUCAGAAACUCAGAAUCUUCUAGAUGACCUGAGACAAGAGAAGACUCAGAGAGAACGACUUACCCGUGAGAAAGAUAUUGUAACUGCUGAGAAAUUUACGAUUGAACAAAACUUGAGUGAUGCAAAACUGGAAAUUGAAUUACAACAAGAACGUUUAAAUACACUCAGUCACGAAUUAGAAGAGCUUACAUUUGGUGGAAAGACUGAAGAAGAAGUUGCACAAUUAAAAAAAGCAAAACAUGAAUUGGAAAAGAAAUGCAAAGAUCAAGAAGAAGAACUAGACGAUUUAGCUGGUCAAGUGCAACUUUUAGAGCAGGCUAAAUUGCGUUUAGAAAUGAGUAUUGAGCAGCAGCGUAAAGAAAUACGUAAAGAAAUGCAGCAGCGUGACGAGGAACUCGAAGAUGUUCGUGGCAAUGCACACAAAAAAGUAAAAGCACUGGAAUCACAACUUGAAAAUGAGCACGAAGAAAGAACAAUAUUAUUGCGUGAUAAGCACGAACAUGAGCGCAGAAUGGCUGCGUUUGAAGAACAAAAUAGAACAGAUCGGGCUACUGAAGCUGAGACUACCCAACGAUUAAAAAGAGACCUUAAACGUACUCGAGCACUCUUGCGGGAUGCGCAAACAAUGCUUGAACGUACUAAAGGCGAUUCGUCCGGAAGAGCGGUAUUAAGACAAUUGAAAAAUCAACUUGAGGAUUCUGAGUGUGCCCGUGCUGUUGCUAUUAAAGCCAAACAGGCUCUUGAACAGGAACUUAGUGAAACGCAGGCAACUCUUGAAGAGUCAACAAGAUCGCGAUCUGAUGCUGAAGAACGCGCCAACAUAGCCAAUCGCGAAAGGACAGAAGUAAUAUCGCAGCUUGAAGAGAAUGAAGAAGAACUCGCUGAAGUUUUAAAAAAAUAUAGAUCAGUUGUUCAACAAGUUUCGGGUGAACAAGCACAGCUUCAAGAAGCGCAGGUACAAAUUGCAACACUUGAAACUGAAAAAGCAUCACUGAAGGAACAACUGUCAGAGCUAAGUCAGAGACUCGAAUCUGUUGAGCAGCUAGGUGAUCCAACCGCAAACAGCUUGGCAACUCGUCGGCUCGAAUUCCGUGUUAAAGAGCUUGAGAGUAAGUUAGAUCUUGAAAUGACAACCAGAGACCGACAGCAAAUACAAAUUCAAAGAUUGAAGGAAACCAUUGACAAACUACAGACCGAAACGGCUGUUCUAAAAACCAAGGAGCAGACAGCUCAGGAUGCACUAAAACGACUACAACGUUCAUUGAGAGAGGCUAAAGAUGAAGUCAGUGCAUUAAGUGCUAAAGAACAAGAAGUGACGAGAAUCCGUCGAGACCUUGAAAAGUCACUUGACGCUUCUGAAACUGCAGAAAAAAUUGCCCGGGACGACCUAAGACUCGCUUUGCAGAGAAUUGAUGAUCUUCAGAGUGCAAUUCAAGGAGAAUUGGAUUUUGACUGCAGUGAAGAGGGUACAAGUGAAAGUAGUGACAGUGAUUGAUCGAAAACUCCUAUGCAUUGAGUUUCGACUCCAUACAAAUAUGAACUACAGGCUGGUUGCCUCAACUCGAACAGAACUAAGAAUUCUGUUUACUCAUCAAACCUUAUAAACCAGUGAUACGAGUUUUUCGUUUCUUUUUUUUAGAAAAAAUUUAUUCGUCAGUUUUAAUUUUCAGAGAUUAAAAAAGCAAAAUAAUUAAUUAAAAAACAUAAAUUAAUAAAUAAUAAAAUACAAAAAUGAUAUUCGAUAAUAAUAUUUAAACCGAAAUUCAUUGAGGUAAGUUGUGAACGCUCGAACGGCGAUAAAUAAAAGAAAAUGUAUGAUGUAGGUUAUUAGUUUUCGUUAUUAUUUUUUCUUGUUAAUAUUUAAUAGAAUAGUUUAUAAACGAUAAAUCUAGUUUUUUUUUUUUUGAGUGCUCAGU